AUGCCCCGAGAGCGGCCCCAGGACCCUUCUCCGAUUCUCCGCAAGCACAGCAUCCCUCACUGCCACUGGUACGAACGAGCGUUACGAUUCCACGGAUCGGAUACGGUGCAAUUCCAAUACUACCUCCUCGUCGAUUCCGUGAGCAAUGCGGAGGCCGUCCUUCUGGCUGCCGGCUGGUCCCCUGCCGUUCAUCCCCCAGCCGUUGUAGAGGACUUUUGGGAGCCCGCUGUGGAUGGAUUGCCGGCUGUCCUUUCACCGCCCGUGGCGCAUCCUGAUGCCAUCCCCGGCGAGGACGACCUCGCCGUCCUCUUCGAUGUUCAAGCCUGGCCUGGCAUGUCCGAGGACCUAUCAUCUUCCCCGGACCCCAAUAGCCAUUACCCAUCUCUCCCGCGGAUGUACUGCGCCUUAGUACACCGCGUCCUAGACUCCUUGUCCGAAAGGUUUACGUCCUACCUCGUCGUUCAACUGGCUUAUCUCUCCGCAGCUGUUCGGUCCGAGCUGCCCUCACCGGAACUACUCGAGACCAUCGACCCUGACCUCCAUCAAUGGCACAUCGACUGGCUCAAAGGAGAGCUGAAUAUGUACGCCUUUGCAACCCUCGCCCACGAGCGAUCCAUCCGCGAGCAAGCACGCAACGGGGCCUGGAAGCUCAUGGAAGAAGGCACCGCCGAGCUUGGAGGGCUGAAGUAUGACAGGGAGAUGGAGGCGCGAAUUCGAGCUAGUUAUGGAGAUGGCUGGAAAUACGAGAAAAUAUCGGACGAUGAAGAUUUCGACUCCUUGGGGGAGAUUAAGUCGGACCAGGAGAUAAUGGUGGUGUCGGGCAAGCCCUCUGUGGAGCUUGAUACGGAGGUUGACGAAGGUGAAGUCGAAGGGGGCACUGCUGGAGUGGACAAGCAUGGCGGCGAGCAGGCGGAUGUAUGA